AGCGCAGUUGUCGCCGCAGCAGAGCGCUCGUCACUCAUGCGGAGUUCCUCGUCGAGAACAGAAAAUGGCUACUAAGAGUCCAAAAGCUCUCAACAUUUCAACGUCCUCUGUCGGAGAGUUGGUCAACUACAGUUCUACCACGAAAUUGGACAAUUCCUUAGAGUUGAACCCAGAGCACGACUACGACCCUUUCAAGGAACGUAACGUCGAACUUCCAAACAGCGACUGCGGCUCGCUGGCGCACCUGGUCAAGUGCAGCCUGGGCACGGGCAUCCUCGCCAUGCCGCACGCCAUCAGGAGCGCGGGCCUGCUGCUGGGUCCAGUCGUCACCGUCCUCGUGGGCGUCCUGUGCGCCCACUGCGUGCACAUGCUGGUGAGCAGUUCGCACAUCCUUUGCAAGAGGGAGCGCAUCCCCUCGCUGACGUACGCGGGCACGGCCGAGCUGGCGUUCAGAAGCGGCCCGCCGUCGCUGAGGAGGCUCUCCAGCGCCGCCAGGAUAUUUGCCAACUUCAUAAUGGCUGCCACGUACCUGUCUUCUCUGUGUGUCUACCUAGUCUUCAUAGCCACCUCCAUUAAACAGGUGGUCGAACACCACUACCCGGACAACGUGAUCGACAUCCGCCUGUACGUCGCCAUGCUGAUGCCCUUCGCGCUGGCGCUGGGCAUGAUCCGCGAGCUCAAGUACCUGGUGCCCUUCUCGGCGCUCGCCAACGGCUUCAUCGUCGUCGGCUUCGCCAUCACGCUGUGGUACACCGUCUGUGACAUCCCGCCCGCCGGAGACAAGCCGUACGUCGCCGCCGCCGCCGAGCUGCCCGUCUUCUUCAGCACCGUCAUCUUCGCCAUGGAGGGCAUCGGCGUGGUGAUGCCAGUGGAGAACAGCAUGCGGAACCCAGGCCACUUCCUGGGCUGUCGCGGUAUCCUCGUCGCCGCCAUGAGCUUCGUGACGAUACUGUACACGGUAGUGGGUCUACUCGGCUACCUCAAGUACGGCGACCAGACUGCUGCCAGCAUCACGUUUAACCUGCCCACAGAGGACAUGUUGGCGCAGGUGGUGAAGCUGCUGAUAGCCGUGGCCCUGCUCUUCUCGUACGGCGUGCAGAUGUACAUCCCGGCCGAGAUCAUCUGGCCGCACGUGAAGAGGCGCGUCGGAGAGUCGCGGCAGUGCGCCGCGCACUACGCCAUGAGGAUCUGCAUCGUCUGUGGCACAGUGUGCGUGGCGGCAGCCGUGCCCAACCUGGGCCCCGCCAUAUCGCUGGUGGGCGCCGUGUGCUUCUCCACGCUCGGCCUGCUGUGCCCCGCUGUCGUCGAGACGGCCACCUGCUGGACCUCGGGCCUGGGCCGCCUGCGCUGGCGUCUCUGGAAGAACAUCGCCAUCACGAUCCUCUCGCUCGCCGCCCUCGUGUCCGGCACCUACAAGAGCGUGAUCGAGAUCCGCGACGCUUACGCCCUCUAGCCGCUGGUUCCUCGCCCCGGACAGCGGUGGGCGCACUGCACGGCUUCCUCAUCAUGAGAAUGACGAAGCUGCUACAACUGGCUUCCUGCACUGUACUGCUCGGUCUGAAAUGCCUACGCCCUCUAGUCACGUUGAUUAGGCUUCGCAACAGUGCGACGAGCUUCAGCCACUCUGACAUCGAGCUGCAUCAGAGCCAGGCAUUGAUUUUGAAGCUCUUCGCCAGAAUCGGAGAAAAAGUAAAAGGGGAUUUUACAAAUCCACAUGAUUUUACUAUCCGCAUAGACACCGUUGAUAUUAGUACUAUCAAUUAAUAAAAUAUUAAGAAAUAAGUUUAUUGACCAAAAGUAAUUAUAUUUUGUUCGAUUAAAACUUUUUAAUCCAUAUUUACAUUCUCGCAGUUAUGGACAAAGAGCUAAAGUUAUAGUGAGUAGCAAGAACAUGUCGCUAGUGUUUUCUAUUGUGAACGCUUUGAGAAAAACAUCUUAUGAGUAAAACGUCAUGCAGGACUGACAAUUGUGAAAUUUGAUUUUCAGUAUAACCACCGGUUGUGGCUGCUGAGACAGUGGGCGUCCAGUACAACCUCUUUGUGGUGGUGGUUGUGGUGCUAGUUGUGGUUCUGGGUGUUGGUUGGAGCCGUCUGCUUCGCAGAUUAUUGCUAUUCAUCCAGAUGACCUAUGGCUGUAUGGAUGACUCACUUAUGAUUAUUCAACUUAGUUUUUAAAAAUUCUUAUUUUGUGAAUCACAUGGUCCAAGUCUUGUCUUUCGCAUGGUAUAAAUUUUCUGCUCCAUCCA